AUGGAUGGUGGCGCUCCUCUUGCUGCUCACGGUGGCGCUCCUCCUGCGGCUCACGGUGGCGCUCCUCCUGCUGCUAACGGUGGCGCUCCUCCUGCUGCUCACGGAGGCGCUCCUCCUGCUGCUCACGGAGGCGCUCCUCUUGCUGCUAACGGUGGCGCUCCUCCUGCUGCUCACGGUCCUGCUGCUGACGGUGGCGCUCCUCCUGCUGCUAACGGUGGCACUCCUCUUGCUGCUCACGGAGGCGCUCCUCCUGCUGCUCACGGUCCUGGCGCUCCUCCUGCUGCUGACGGUGGCGCACCUCCUGCUGCUCGGGACAUGCCCUCGCCGUCGUCGGCCACCGCCGAACAAGCUGGAUCCCCGAUGUCUACGUGGGACUGGGACGCGUCUUCAUCGUCGUCGGCCACCUCCGGGCAAGGUGGAUCCCCAAUGUCGUCGUGGGACUGGGACAUUUCUUCGUCGUCGUCCUCGGCCACCUCCGAGCAAGCUGGGCAAGCUGCUGGAUCACCAAUGUCGUCCUGGGACACGCCCUCGCCAUCGUCGGUCACAUCCGGGCAAGAUUCACAGAUGUCUUUGAGGGACGCGCCUCCGCCGUCGUGGGGAUCUCCUGUGUCGGAAACCGAUUCUUGGUCACCUGGCGUGGGCAACGGCGAACCGGGCGGUGGGAACGGACCCAGCAAUCGCGGAGCCGACGGUGUGGACGGACCCAACGGUGCUGGCGGGGCGGACGGACCAAACAACGGCGCGGGCGGCGGAAAUAGUAGCAACGGUGCGCGCAAUGGCAACGGUGGUGGCGGCAAUGGUGGGAAUGGUGGUGGCGGCAAUGGUAGGAAUGGUGGUGGCGGCGGACUCGGCGGGGGUGGUGGCGACAGCGCGCCUUACGUGGACCCGGAAUGGCUCAUCUACUGA